CUGAUUCUUACCAAUGGUACACCACAGGUUUUCACGCCAAUACAGUCGACUGAAAGACGUCUAACAGGAGCGAGCAGCAAUGAGUCACCAAGCAAGCUCAACGUCUCAAUUAUUAUUCCUUUGCCAUUUAUAAGCAUCCUGUGGGUUUCAAGGUAAAUGUGGCACACAGUAGCUUGCACAAUGCAAACCUGGAAGCAUCAAGAUUGUUGCUCCAGGCAUACUUUUGAGCAAUCUUACCCACGGGGAGGACCUGUCAAGGCAUAAAUUGCAGUUCUGAAGGAGUGAGGUCCAGUAGGGAUACUACCUUCACCUCCUCUAUACCGAUUCCUCAACCAAGCUGAACAAGGACAACAGGCCAAACUACAACAACACACGGUGAUAACCACAUGCAUGAUGAGAGUCCCUCUGUUCUGUGUAAUGGGGCUUGCAUUCAUCUGCCACAGCCACUGCCUGGGAAAACAAAACCCUCUGUAUGGGUUCAAAAGUGGUACCUCUACUGAUGAAAUGUGCAACUUCUAUAUAAUGUACUACAUGGACAGCAAACACGCCAUACCCUACAUGAACUGCAUGGAAACCGGCUCCAAUGAGCUGUUUGAGGAUAUUCCAGCUGAGGCUAAUGUUCCCAUUGCUGUCAGUCCGGGUCAUAUGAACUCUAUGAUGCAUAUGGGACACACAACAGAUCAACAACUUAACAGAUUGUUGAAUACAAACAAUGCAGAGAAGGUUCUGGAUCAGGGUGACCUUUUUUCUCUUAUAUCCAAGCUGCUAGGCCAGAGCAAGGACAUAGAUCACAAUUAUAACUUCCAACCCAACGACAGAGCCCAGGCUGAGUGGGUGGCUCAGAUUGACAGCUUAAUGCUAAAGAAUGACCUGGGCCAUCCCAGUACCAGACUAGCCUUCCAAACCAGGGAGGAUCCUGUUUUGGUGAGGGACAGAGUCCACAAAUUCCAUCAAUUUGAGGCCACUGCCAAACUGCCAAGAAGCAAGCUGCUAGCAGAAGGACAAGACUACCAUUUGGAACAAGUCUCAGCGUGGCCUCAGAGUUCUCUCCAGCUGGGUCAGGUGUCAGGACUUGCCCUCGAUGCAGAUUCUAACUUGGUCAUUUUCCACAGAGGUGACCACCACUGGGGGGCAGAAUCUUUUAACAGCCAGGCUAGAUACCAGCAGAGGUUCCUUGGUCCUAUUCAGCAGUCCACUAUUUUGGUUGUGGAUCCAGUCAAAGGCAACAUCCUGAAGGCUUCUGGCAGAAACAUGUUUUACUUGCCUCAUGGAAUAACUACAGACAAGGAGAAUAAUUACUGGGUCACUGAUGUGGCUCUUCAUCAGGUAUUAAAAGUCAGCAGUGAUGGCAGAGAUAGAAUCUUGCUGACACUGGGAGAGGCUUUCACACCAGGAAGUGACAACAGCCACUUCUGCCAGCCCACUGAUGUGGCUGUGGACACUGAGACUGGGGACAUCUUUGUGUCUGAUGGAUACUGCAAUGCUAGGAUACUGAAAUUCUCUGCUGAUGGCAAAUACCUGACUGAGUGGGGUGCAGGCUCGUCAGACAGGAGAAGGAGGAUACCGUUCCUGAUACCCCACAGCCUGGUGUUCCUUCCCAGCAGACAGGAAGUUUGUGUGGCUGACAGGGAGAACGGACGUAUCCAGUGCUUCAUAGCGGCAACUGGAGAGUUUGUCAAGGAAAUAAAGAAAGAGGAGUUUGGAGGGGAAGUGUUUGCAAUCACUUUCAGCCCUGCCGGAGCUGGCUUGAUCUUUGCAGUAAAUGGGGACUCUCCAUAUCGCUCAGCUCCACUCAAAGGUUUUGUAAUAGAUUACUCCACCAAGGAUAUUUUGGAAACCUUCAGCCCAGAGAAAAAGGAUUUUAAAAUGCCUCACGACAUAGUUGCAACCAGGGAUGGCAGCGUUUUUGUUGGGGAUGCAGGCAACAAAUCAGUCUUCAAAUUUACCUCUGAGAAGUUACAUCGCUCAGUGAAGAAAGCAGGAAUCGAGGUUCAAGAACUUGAAG